AUGUGGCUGCAACAGUUUAUACUUGACUGGCAUCUGGAUUUGGCUGCCAUAUCGAACGGACGCCGCACUGAAUCGCUCGGUUCUAACCGGCUUGGUUACCCGGUGACACUCCAAGAGAAUAAGACACGCGGGGGGCAGUUCCCGACAGCAUUUCCUGCCGAUUCCAUCCGAUUAUCGAUGAAAAUGAACAUUUUGGACCCUCAGUGGUCUGCAUUACUCACUGGACGAAAUCACCCCACCCCCUCGGAAACACCAUCCUAA